AUGGCGACACGUAUGCAGAGUUUACAGCCGGACCCAAUGGCUCAGUACCGCAGUGUGUACGGUGCACUGAAGAGGAUUGUGCGGACAGAGGGCCUCCUUCGACCCUUGAGGGGCCUCAAUAUUACUGUGCUGGGGGCCGGUCCCGCACACGCACUCUAUUUCGCCUGCUACGAGCGGAUCAAGCGCAGCCUUAGUGACGUCAUACAGCACGGAGGCAACAGUCACAUUGCUAACGGUGUGGCGGGAAGUGUUGCCACUGUCCUCCACGAUGCUAUCAUGAACCCAGCAGAAGUGGUGAAGCAGAGGAUGCAGAUGUAUAACUCCCCAUACCGCAGCCUGUAUGACUGCGUCCUGACGGUCAGUCGCAAGGAAGGCCUGGCCGCCUUCUACCGCAGCUACAGCACUCAGCUGACCAUGAACAUCCCCUUCCAGGCCGUCCACUUCAUCACUUACGAAUUCAUGCAGGAACAUUUUAACCCCCAGCGCCAGUACCGGCCCGAGACACACAUCCUGUCCGGAGCGGCGGCCGGAGCCGUGUCCGCUGCCAUAACCACUCCAUUAGACGUGUGCAAGACGCUGCUAAACACGCAGGAGAACGUGGUGCUCAGCUCCGCGCACGUUAGCGGACAUCUCUCCGGCAUGGUGAACGCACUCAGGACAGUGUACCGAUUGGGCGGCGUGCCGGCCUUCUUUAAAGGCAUCAGAGCGCGGGUGAUUUAUCAGAUGCCAUCUACGGCCAUCGCCUGGUCCGUGUAUGAGUUCUUCAAAUACUUUCUGACCCAACAGAAACCACACAUCCAGGAGCUGAGGAGAGACGCUCACAAGGCCAGCCCUACAUGAGGCCCGCCAGCACUGAAUCCGUUCAGCCCAUCCAAAGAGUGCGCGUGAGGAUCAACGGACAACGGACAACGGAAGACGCCUUCGGCUCGAAAGGGAAUGUAGAUGCUCAUUUCUUAUGCAGUAGACACUCCAGCAGCUUCUGUGCUUGAUGCUAAUGUAUUAAUUUAUUGGAAGAGUUUAAUGUUGUUACAAGAAUGUAUGGAUGCUGCACACUACAGAACGUUUCUUGUAAACAUGACGGAAACAGGAAGGUAAAGCUGUGUCGAUGUUUUGUUUGUAUUCUCACUUACAUAUUUA